AUGUCCACUAUAGAAGAUAUAAUCAAGGUGGUCCCAGCGUUUAAAGAGUCGCGGUUAAACUCGUUGUACUCCAACUUUCAAAAAAACAAGCAGUUGAACCCAGAAGGAUAUCAAGCAAACAUCCAGGCAUGGAAGUCCUUAUUCACCAAGAUAAUAACUUCUGACAGAUUUGAGUCGGAAAGUGUUGUAUCCAUUCCAACUUAUAAUCCCAGCUUGAAAGAGUCUCUCAGCUUGCAUCCAUAUAACGAGCCCCAAAAUUUGAACAAUAUCUUGCAGGAAUUUGUUAGUGACAGAUUCCUAAUACCGCGGUCAUUGUACCUCGCAGCUAAAGAGAACUACUUCGUUACAAUCAGUGGACAAUUCAAUAUAUCUCAGUACUUCUCGAUGAAUGCAUGGCAGCAGUGGCGAAUUUUAAAGAAUUAUUCAGUGGUGAAGCAGGGAAAAUUGGUGGAUGAUUGGUUCAUCUAUUGGGAUGAAUUAGUGAGAGAAGGACAAAAGUCUGCCAAAUUAAUCGAAACAAAAAUACGAGGGGAUACGUACUCAAGUAUUUUGUUUAAUCGAGAUUUGUUUUACGAGGAGUUGGCAAAGCACUGCACAAUCACCAAAGUGGACUUCAACUUAUUGUUGAAAUACUGGUCGCGUGACGUUGGCUUACUACAAACAAAAGAGGUUAGUGGAAUCACGUAUAUAAAGAUAUCUCAAGAUGAAAUUAGCGACGAGGAUGAAGCUAUUGUCAAGGUAAAGCAAACAAUAAAGAAUCUAGAAACCAGGAUCAACGAAGUGGAAACAAAGUUGAACAGCAUUGAUUUCAAGUCGGUGUUGAACUUGCCCAAAGAUGUUCAAAAGUCGAGCUUGCGACAGAAGAUGGCUUUGAAAGCAAAUUUGAUGAAACUUUUGGAUAGAAAUAUGAAUCUUGAGUUGGAAAUGACUACUUUGUUGCAGAAAAUCAAUGACUCCAAAUUCAAUUCAUCAUACUUUUCUGUAUUGGAUAGUAGUGCAAAAGUGUUGUCUAAACUUAACAGUCAACUCAAGGUUGACGAUAUUGAUCGGGUAAAGGCAGAUAUAGACGAGGAAAUUUCUAAAGAACAAGAUAUUAGUGAUGCAUUGGCUGGUGAAGCAAAUGAUACGGAUUUAGAGGAAGAGUUGAGCAAGAUGAUUGAGGAGGAGAAUGCUCGAAAGGAAAGCAAGCCUGCUGAAAAGGAAUCAGUCGACGAGCUGAAUAUAACAAGUGAUAAAGAGCAGGCACUUCUAAACAAAUUAGAAAGCUUAAACAUCAAGGAUGCUGAAGACAACAAACAUUCACAGCAGGAUCCUCCAGUAAAGCUAGCCCAAAUGGAAUAG